CCCGCGCCGCCCGGGCCGGCCAUGGAGCUGGCCAAGCCGGUGUUCCCCGCGCUGCCGCAGGCCAAAGAGGACUCGGAGGACUGGACAUAUCCAAUGAGAAGAGAGAUGCAGGAAAUUUUACCUGGGUUGUUCUUAGGCCCAUAUUCUUCAGCUAUGAAAAGCAAGCUACCUAUACUUCAGAAACAUGGGAUCACCCAUGUAAUAUGCAUACGGCAAAAUAUCGAAGCAAACUUUAUUAAACCAAACUUCCAGCAAUUAUUUAGGUAUUUAGUCUUGGAUAUUGCAGAUAAUCCCAUUGAAAAUAUAAUAAGAUUUUUCCCUAUGACUAAGGAGUUUAUUGAUGGCAGUUUACAAACUGGAGGAAAAGUUCUUGUCCAUGGGAACGCAGGGAUUUCCAGAAGUGCUGCCUUAGUUAUUGCAUAUAUUAUGGAGACUUUUGGGGUGAAGUACAGGGACGCAUUUACAUACGUGCAAGAAAGAAGGUUCUGUAUUAAUCCCAAUGCUGGAUUUGUUCAUCAACUUCAGGAAUACGAAGCCAUCUAUCUCGCCAAGCUGACGAUCCAGAUGAUGUCACCGCGGCAGCUGGAGCGAUCACUGUCUGUCACUACAGGAAGUUUGAAACGGACCCACGAAGAGGAUGAAGAAGUCACCAAUAUGCAAGCAGCGGCGCAGAACGGUUGAGGCUGAGG